CUUAUCCUUUUCCCGUCAUUACAGCAAAAACAGGAAAAUUGGCCGACCUCGUGUUAUAACUAGACGUUUGUUUAUCUCGGGUUAUUUGUGGCCCACUUUCUUCUCCGUUUCAACCUUAAAUUCUAUUGAAACUUUUUUCUUGCAAAUGUCUCUGUGUACGCUGGUCAUUGCAGUAUUUCUAAUUGGUUGAUUCGACAACGAAACAAAGACGCGGGCGAGCCAUUUACUUUCUCUGAGGUGUUCAUUGGCGCGGGCUGUAUGAUGAAUGGCGCCGUGAUCUACCUAUAAAUGACCUUGUACUUGAGCGAAUUUAAAGUUCUGAUUUCAAUCUCUGAUUCCUAGUAAUAAUUGCUCAAACGUUGAUAUCGCCCAGAAUCGUUAGUUUUGUGAUAUUUAGUAGACUUUGUUACCAGAUUGGGAUUAAUGCCAUUUUGGUUUUCUCUUCUAAAGAAUUGAGGUGUACCUAAUCUAAGAUGUCUGGAACUGAUGGUGAAGAGGACUACAAAGCACUUCAGAGCUUUGGAGAUGAGUGUGAUGAUGAUCUCGGUCUCUUUGGAGAUUUAUCGUCUUUUGAAGGCCUUGCUCUUGAAGAAGAUGCUGCUGAAAGUGGAAGCUUAUGCCCUCAGUGUUUGGAAAAGUACAAGAAUCCCAGAGUGUUGUCAUGCCUACAUGUUCUGUGUGAAAACUGCCUGAAAGAUUUGCUUGCUGUAGACAAUGAAGAGGAUUGUGAAAAUGUGAUUUAUUCAGGGAGAAGCAAACCACAUAAGGCAUUUAUUGUAUGCCCGCUAUGCAAACAGGAGACUUCGGCUGGAGAACGAGGAUUGAGUUCACUUCACCUAGAUCCAGUGUAUCAGAAAAAGACUGCUUCAGACUCUUGUCUUUCUGGAUUGAUAUGUACUAGCUGCAAAGCUAAUGAGGAAGCAGUAGCAAAAUGUAUGGAUUGCGACAACUUACUUUGCCCCAAUUGCUACUCUGCCCAUAAAUACAUGCGCUGCUUUGAUAAUCAUUCAGUUAUUACAUUUGAAGAGUUGAGCCAAUCAGGUCAGUCUGUGCCUAUUAAGAGGAAUCCAAAUUGUCCAAGACAUCCUACUGAAAGCUUCAAGUAUUACUGCAAUACCUGUCAGGUUGCCACUUGCACCCAGUGCUUGAACACUUUUCAUCUGGCUUUAGAGCACAGAACGGAGCGACUUACUGAUGCCGAAGCUCGCUGCCGAGCUGAGUUAAAGCAGUUCAGUGAAGAAAUAAGCGUUCGCCAAAAUUCUUGUCGUGUUAAUGCUAACAAACUGGAAAAGAUGCUAGGGGAAUUGCAACAUCAACAUGAUGCUGCCAAGUCAACCAUAUCAGAGGUUCACGAAGCUUACAUUGCGUUGUUGGAAAAGAAGCGAGAACAGGCUUUAGAAGAACUUGAAGCUCUUCACAGCAAGCAGGAACUAAGCAUAAUGGAGGCUUGUCAACGAGUAGACCGCACACGUGAUCGGAUUCAAACGGCUCUGCGCUAUACCAAAAUGCUGUUGAGUGAGGCCGAACCGGCCGGUUUGCUCCAUCUUUCCGCUAGUAUCAAAGCUCAAAUGCAGUUACUGCAUAACGCUGCUUCACGGACUGAUGAAGUAGAUGUUCUCUUGAAAUUUGAAUCAAACCCAUCGCGUUUCGAAGAAGCUCUAAAUGGUUCGUAUGGAUAUUUCGUCCAACGUGGAAGCAGUGGUGUCAGCAGUAGUGGAGUUCCGUCUAAGCCAGUGUCUUCUUUGGGUCUGCCGACGCCAUCGUCAACUCCAUUGCCUCCAUCGCCAACACAUUCAUCUCCAUUGGAAUCGCAACCCCCUCAGUCUGGCAGUUUGUCGAACAUCGGCUAUGGGUUAUCUUCGGGCAUGUUGAAAAACGAUCUCACUCACUCGGUUUUGCUCUCAUCUAUGGCCGACAUGACUAACGCGCCCCCUGACCUCUCUGCCGCCUUAAGCUUGUCAUCGUUCACCAAUUCGAUGACUUCUUCGUCAUCGUCUCCUUCGAUGCGAGCCUUAGAUCUCAACUCACUGGGAUCAGUUGGUUCCAUGACGUCCAUUCAAGAGUACAAUCUUCAGCAGUUGGCUUCCCUAGCCGGCAAAGCAGAAUGCCAAAACUCGAUUCAACAACACCACCAUCUACAGCAGCAUCAACGUCAGCAAGCUGGGUUGCCCCCACCACGCGGCACUCCGUCCCCUCAUACUACGUCGCCCUUCACACUUGCCGAUUUGCUAGCUGGUGACAUGAACGUCACUAGCCAUGCGUUCACGAAUCUGCAAGCCUUGGCCAAGCUUGGCUCUCAUAAAGGUUCACUAGGUAUGGAUGCCUUAGGAGGAGCAAGUCAUGGAGUCUCCUCAUUGGGCAAUUCUGGCAUGCAGAGCUUGGGCACUAACCUCGGGCUUCUGGUGAAUGGCAGUGGUUCGUCCGUAAGCCACAACGGUGGACUAGGUGGGCCGCCUUUGUCUCCUCACGAUGCAUCACUGCUAGCCUCGGCCCUCAGUGCUCCUCCGUUCAUUCCGUCGAAUUCGCCACGGCCAUCCUCUGCCGUUUCAGCCUCGUCAAGUGCCUCUUUUACUGCCGGCAGCAGCAGUGGAACAUUGGCGUCCAACCCAAAGUACAUCCCAAUGCAAACUCGCGUUCGUUUUGGACAACUGGGUUCAGCAAAGGGGCAGUUCAAUUCACCUCAUGGAUUCUGUUUGGGGGUUGACGAAGAUAUCGUCGUCGCUGACACAAACAACCACCGCAUCCAGAUAUUCGACAAAGACGGGCUGUUUAAGCAUGAUUUUGGUAACCCGGGCAAAGAAGAAGGACAACUCUGGUACCCGCGCAAAGUUGCUGUUAUUCGCCAGUCAGGGAAAAUCGUAGUGUGUGAUCGAGGAAACGAACGCUCGCGGAUGCAGAUUUUUUCUCGAACAGGCCAGUUCAUUAAGCGUAUUGUUAUACGAUACAUUGAUAUUGUGGCUGGAUUGGCCAUCAAUGAACAAGGCCAUAUCGUGGCAGUCGAUUCGGUGUCACCCACCGUCUUCCGCAUCACCGAAAAUGGCGAACUGAUCAAAUGGUUUGAUGUCUCUGAUCGGAUGCGUGAGCCUUCCGACUUGGCUAUUCACGGAAAGGAGUAUUAUAUCUGUGAUUUCAAGGGUCACUGCGUAGUGGUAUUCAAUGAAGAAGGUGAAUACGUCCGCCGGAUUGGAUGCGAGUCGAUCACCAACUUCCCCAAUGGGAUUGACAUAUCGGACGCUGGUGACGUACUUAUCGGGGAUUCACAUGGAAACCGCUUCCAUGUAGCCGUAUUCUCCCGAAACGGUUCAUUGCUUUCCGAGUUUGAGUGUCCACACGUGAAGGUCUCCCGCUGCUGUGGGCUCAAGAUAACGUCCGAAGGAUUUGUGGUGACACUAGCCAAAAACAAUCAUUAUGUCCUCGUGCUCAACACAUUGUACAUUGCUUAAGAAGAAGGCACACUCACAAACCAAGGUCAAGACGCGUCGGAAGGUUAUGUGAGAAUUCAACGUGUUUCUUCCAGAUCGCCGUUGCGAAAUCAUCCGCUCUCAUCCGUUCAACCUUGUGGCCGACGGCGCAGGUCACUCCCACCCAACACUUCGUGCCUUUGGUUGACCUCCUUUCCCAUUUACACUCACUGAUGUUUUGUGCGACGAUCGGUUAUGGAUGUAAUGUCUCUUUACUUUCAAGCGUUUUAUAUGAAUCGCCCCCCUCUGACAGGCCCUUAGAAUGAUUAUUUUAACUGUUUUCGUCAGUUAACCAAGCCCAGCGAAUUUUGCACGGGCAAAUGUUGAAAGGCUGUCUUACCGAGUGGUAUAGAUGACGGGGUAAAUUCAUCAAUUCAUUAUUUACUGUCAGCGAAGUAUUCUACUUCCGCACCAAUAAUUGAGCAAUAUUUAGAGUGAAUUUCUCAUUUUUUUUCUUUUCUUUUCCUUCGCCCGGAACCUGAAUUUGUUUGAAGCUAAUCGUUCCUAGUCACGCCCCCCUCGUCCCUUUUCCACCAAGUACUAGGGAACUGUCUUGAGUCAAGGAAACGAAAAAUAUGUCGCCGUGUCUUCCAUUUUUUGCGAUAACUGGAUGCCCGAAUUGCAAUUCGUUGUGGUCAUUGUAGCGAAUAGGAGUAGAUUAACGUGAAUCACUUUGCCACAUUCCAACGCUUUCGUUUAUUAUGUGAAAUCAAGUCAGAGGAAAGCCUCUUUUUUUAAGUAAACAGUCAACAAUCGUUUGGGAGAAAAGAGCUGUCUGUUUUGUUGUCAGCACCAAAAAAAUAAUAAUAAUAACCUGGAAAUUUCAAAUUGUCAUGGAAUAUGAUGUGCCUUAACUUUAUGUUUUCUGCCCCAGUCCACCAGAAGGAAAAAAAAAACCUAGAUUUCUUGUAUACGUGUAUUCUCCCUCUCCUCCCAAAUCAUCUCUUCGUCAUUUUUUGCCAAUUCAGUCAAACCUGUGGGCUGUGCCCUACUCUAGUUGAUCUACUUUGAUCUAGUUGCAACCGUUUCGUUAUCGGUUAAACCUAUUGAGUGACUCACGUUCCUUGUCGUUACGGUUGUGGAAAUCCGAUGAUAUUCAAACUCGAAUCUACUCCAUGAUUUCAGUUAAUGUUUCCGCCCGUCGUAAACGAAAGCAUUUUCCAUUUCGAGAACAGGGCUCGUGUGUGGCAUUCCUAAGGAAAUGCCUAACAAGAGUCCUCCCUCCUCUGUUAACUUCAAGUUGCGAGAUGUUUUCGUUGUCCGAUGGAUAGUCAUGUGCUGAUUCUUUUUUCUAUCCCCAUAUGUAUCGCGUCCAAGCUCAAUAUUCCGUUUGCCAAUUGUUUCAUUGAUAUAUCUGAUUAUUAUUUUUCUUUUUUUUUCUU